AUGGAGGCCAAGAGGGAGUAUGGAAACAGGAUACAAGGAUGCUUCGAGGAUAUGAAAGACUCAAGAAGCCUGUGGCAUGGUAUUCAACAGCUAACUAACUACAAGACCAAGUCAGCACAGUGCGAUGAUAGCACUCAAUUUCUGGACAAUCUAAACACAGUUUAUGGCAUGUGUGAAGAGAAAAACAACCUGGAGGCUGUAAAGCUUCUCAAUGAACAAAAGGAGGCAGUACUUAACUUCAGUGAUAUGGAUGUAAGGAACCAACUGAGAAAAGUGAACCCCAGGAAGGCUGCUGGACCUGAUAACAAUCUGGGGAAUGUAUUGAAAGGUUGUGCAGACCAACUGAGCAUUGUCCUGAUGGGCAUCUUCUAUACCUCACUUGUCCAGGAAAAAGUACCAACAUGCUUCAAAGUUACCAAUAUAAUUCCUCUGCCAAAAAAGGUCCUCCACUAUGUGAAAAAUGUAAAUUUUAAAACCAAAGCUGGGGAAGAAGUAUUUUUUGAUAUGAAUGGUGACCCACCAGCUGUAUUUGAUAUUUUAAAUCAGCAGAUUUCUCAGGCUGGAAUCUCUACAUGUGCUAAUGUUGGCAGCUUUCAUUCCCGUUAUGUUGCUGGAAAAGAAAUUGUUAUAAAUACAAAUGCCAUCAAAUGGAAUUCAGCUUUCUCUGGCGUUCCGCAGUCUGUAUGCAGUGAGAGCUGUUCUCCAGGAUAUCGUAAAUCAGCUCAGAAGGGUCAGCCAGUCUGUUGCUUUGACUGUGUCCUGUGUCAUGAAGGGGAAUUCUCCAAUCAAACAGAUUCUGCUGCUUGCAUGAAGUGCCCAGACGACCAGUGGUCUAAUGCCUUCCAAAACAGAUGUAUCCAUCGAAUUGCUGAAUUUCUUUCUUAUGAUGAUCCAUUGGGAAUAACGUUAUCAGCUGUAUCCAUUUUCUGCUCUUUAGUUACUGCUUCUGUACUGUAUGUAUUCAUUAAAUAUCGAGGGACUCCAAUAGUCAAAGCUAACAAUCGGGCACUCAGUUACUUCCUGCUAAUUUCUAUUAUGCUGUCCUUCUUAUGUGCUUUAAUAUUCAUUGGUAAUCCAGUGACAGUAACCUGUAUGCUUCGACAAGUGUUUUUUGGCACUGUUUUUUCUUUUUGUAUUACUUGUGUACUCGCAAAGACUGUCACUGUGGUCAUUGCCUUCAAUGCUACAAAGCCAGGUAGUAAGAUGAGGAAAUGGAUUGGACCAAAAAUCCCAAUCUACAUAAUAAUUUUGUCUUCAUUAAUUCAAGUUUUGUUGACUAUAGUGUGGCUAGUUACCUCACCACCUUUUAAAGAAUAUAACAUGAAGUCAACAAAAGAUAAGAUAAUAAUUGAAUGCAAUGAGGGUUCUAUAGUCAUGUUUUAUUGCAUGUUGGGGUAUUUAGGUAUUUUAGCAAAAGUCAGCUUUGUUGUUGCAUUUCUAGCAAGAAAAUUACCUGACAACUUCAAUGAAACAAAGCAUAUUACAUUCAGCAUAGUGGCUUUUGCAUGUGUUUGGAUAUCCUUUGUACCAGCAUACCUCAGUGCGAAGGGAAGAUACGUGGUUGCUUUGGAGAUAUUUGCAAUUUUGUCUUCUGCUGCAGGACUGCUUUGCUGUAUAUUUGCCCCAAAGUGUUAUGUUAUUAUGUUGAGACCCGAGAUGAAUACAAAGGAAUAUUUAAUGAGGAAGUUAUAA